UUCGAUUUUUCUUGUGUUCAGACAUCAUCAUUUACAAAACUUCGAAAUGUCGCUAAACCGAGACACACUUUUUUAAAUCUUGAUGUGACCCCAAUCCCAUGAUUGCUUUCACCAACCUACUCAAUAACUAGCCCGAUAUCAACGAAUGGAGAUUGAGAAGAAGAAGGCCAUCUUUCGAAAAACCAAAGAAACCACACCUAUGGUCCGAUUUCAUUCGUUCACUGUUCCCUUGCUUGACGAUCAGCCUGAAAUAUACGGUGUAGUAGUCGAUCCAAAAAGUUCUGAAAUUCGCGGGGGACCAAUUGUGACGGAUCCAUCUGUAAGAUGCUGUCGAAAUCUGAUCACGUUUGCCGACACUGAUUGCCUUUUUGCAGCAUUCCCCAAAACGGCUACUCCGUUGCCCGACCCGACAAAUCCGGCUCCAGCUCCACCUCGGCCACGACGGAAAAUUCGCAUAUGUCCUAUCAGUGGCCUCCCCGCAAAGUAUCUAGAUCCAGUCACACUGACGCCAUAUGCUAACUUGGCCGCAUUUCGUGUUCUUCGCAGGUUGUAUCAAAUUCAUCUUGAAACAAACACUCCGGCUGUGGAUUUGCUUCGGGAGUAUCUUGAAGGACGUCAUCGCGAUUGAGUCAUGUAGUUCAACUGUUGCAUCUUUGCCUGUGUACUUAAUUCCUCUCCAUAUCACAAAUGUAAUAUAAACAUUAUAG